CCGUCCAAUCGUCGACUGUCUCGACUGGGCCCGCAUCUCUCGACUCUCUGUCCGCCCCUCGUCCGUCAAAAUCCGCGGCUCAUCUUCGCACUCAGUCUCUUUCUCCCUUCCUUCCAAUCCAUCACUAUCGUGUAUGCUCUCUAGAGGCAUCGUCAGAGCUACACCACUACCACUUUAUAGAGCGCCUCUUCUUCCGUGCCCUCUUCGCUCACCCGUACGCAGCUUCUAUACCACCAUGGCUACCCCAAAAGAGGUCAAGGUCAGCCUCGACGCUCAGGCGGACAAGGUCCGUAGCCUCAAAGCCGCCUCAGCUCCAAAGGAAGACAUCGAUCGCGAAGUGGCAGUCCUCAUCGACCUCAAGAAAAAGAUGGCAGCACUCAAUGUGGGCUCCGGUGGCUCAUCAUCAUCACGCGAACCAGUCAAGUUCACUCUGAAAACACCAAAGGGAACCCGCGACUGGGACCCCCUCUCAAUGGCACUGCGCAACCACAUCUUCAAGGUCAUCGAAGCAGUAUUCAAGUCUCACGGUGGUGUACCCAUCGAUACUCCCGUCUUUGAACUCAAGGAAAUCCUCUCAGGCAAGUACGGAGAGGACUCGAAGCUCAUCUACGAUCUACAGGAUCAGGGAGGCGAGCUCUGUUCCUUGAGGUACGACUUGACGGUGCCAUUUGCUAGAUUCGUGGCAAUGAACCCUUCAGAGUACGGCAACAUCAAGCGUUACCACAUCGCAAAGGUCUAUCGAAGAGAUCAGCCUGCUAUGGCAAAGGGACGAUUCCGCGAAUUCUACCAAUGCGACUUUGACAUCUCCGGAACCUACGACCCCCUGCUCCCCGACGCCGAAGUUCUUUCCAUUGUCACAAAGACGCUCUGCGCUCUGGGCAUCCGCAAUUUUACCGUCAAACUCAACCACCGAGCCCUCCUCGAUGGCCUCUUCGCCGUCUGUGGUGUACCAGAGGACAAGAUUCGCUCCAUCUCAUCAGCAGUCGACAAGUUGGACAAGAGUCCCUGGGCUGAAGUCAAGAAGGAAAUGCUCGAGAAGGGUUUAAACGAGGAGAGCGCGGACGCCAUUGGAACUUAUGUGUCGAGGAAAGGGUCCAAGGAGUUGCUUGAACAGCUGCUCCAAGAUGAGAAGCUCAUGGGCAAUGCGAGUGCCAAGAAGGGACUCGAGGACCUCAAGAUUUUGUUCGAAUAUCUCGACGUCCUCGAGGUGACGCCGCGCAUCUCCUUCGACCUUUCCCUCGCUCGUGGGCUCGACUACUACACGGGCAUCAUCUACGAGGCCAUCACAGAGGGGAGUGCGCCACCUCUGGCGGAGGCUGCCUCAGCCGCAGCUGCUGCGAGCAAGAAGACCAAGGCAAAAGGAGCAGACGACGAUGACGCCUCGGCUACGGUGGGCGUCGGGUCCAUCGCCGGUGGCGGGCGCUACGACGGUCUGGUGGGCAUGUUCAGCGGGGCAGACUCGUCCAAGUCGGGCGCCGGUCAGGUGCCCUGCGUGGGCGUCUCCAUCGGCAUCGAGCGCGUCUUCUCCAUCAUGAUGGCGCGGUUAGCCAAGGUACGUGCAGCCGCCGAGAAAGAACAAGCAGCAUCGUCACAGAGCGACUCCGCCGUCCGCGCAAAGGAGACGGAGUGCUUCAUCCUCUCGAUGGGCAAGGAGGGUAUGGUCAAGGAGCGUCUUGUAGUCGCAGAGCUCCUUCGCAAGCAUGGCAUUGCGGCAGAGUAUGCGUACAAGGUCAAGCCCAAGAUGCCUGCCCAAUUCAACGCCGCAGCAAAGGACGGGGUGCCAUUCGUUGUCAUCUUGGCCCCAGAUGAGUGGAACGAUGCAGAAGGGCGCAAGGUGAGGGUCAAGGAGCAGAGGGGUAAGGGCAGCGAAGAGGGAGACGGCAAGGGGCAUCUGGUGCCGCUCGAGGGGCUGGUAGACUGGCUGAGAGAAAGGGUCGAGGCGGGGAGAUUGGGAAGCGAGGAGAUCCUGAGGAGAGUCAUGGGUGUUGAGGAGUAGGAGAGGGAGGAAAGAUCGUCUGGUUGCUAUCGUCCUCUUCCAAUCUGAUGCGACCAUAGCCUAUCGAAGACAGGCGAUGGCGCUGUGAGGUCAAUCGUAAAACGAAGUCUCUAUUGUCACACACACUGCACUCGCCUAGCCUCCGAUUUGCGCCGGCCUUGCGAUCGCCCCGACUCCUCACCUUACUCGCCCUCGACCGCACCGCGCCGCCUUUCCCUCUGCGCCUGCCUCACCAAAAUGCAGUAUCUGUGACCUUCGAGCUCUUGCAGACGAGCAGCCCGCCCGAAAGUACACCAUCCACCGUAGUUGCUGUUGCCGCAGUCGAAGUCGCUUCAUGUCCCUCUCCCGCCUGCUUCGCGCCCAAUCCCGCUCUCGCACCGGCGCUCGGGUCCGCCGUGAACUCUCCCACCGUGAUCAACAAAAAGCCCGCAGCCUUGAUCGUCUGGACCAGCUCGGGCACAGAAUUGAGCAACGCGGCAUCGAUUGCCAGGCCGAGCAG